UUUCAAAGUUAGCGAAAGCAAGAAGGAACGUUCCAGUGCAGUCUAGUGCAGGAAUAGAAAACAAGCCUAUAGGUUAGGUCAUGGAUUUUCUGCAAUCUCCUUUGUUGGAGGAUUGUUGUUUUAAAAUUUGUCUUUAAAAAAACAGAUAUAAGCAAAGUUUCGAUUGCGUUCUGACAAUGUGGUCACAAGGAAUAGAAAAUAAAGCGAAAUUUUAAUAGAUUUCCUCGAAUUUUUAUUUAGCAAUCGUUAAGAUUGUUAAAACGACAGUAGCAGGUGAUGAUUCCUUUUCAUUCGAUUGUUGCGAAAAAUUUUAACUAAGUUAUUUGUGAAUGAUCCAGUGUAUUAAUUCGACACUAUGGCAGAUCGUCUGACACAAUUACAAGAUACCAUAAAUCAGCAAGCAGAACACUUCUGCAAUAGCGUUGGCAUCCUACAACAGUAUUCUACGCCCAGUAAAUUUCCUGGUUUUGAUCGUAUUGGUACUCCGCAGCCACAUCAAUCUCAAGAAGAUUACGCUGCUUUAUUUGCAAACCUUAUUGCGAGAUGUGCCAAAGAUAUAGAUACAUUAAUAGAGAGUUUGCCUAGUGAAGAGUCAUCGCAGGAGCUACAAGUAGCCAGUCUUAGUAGACUCGAGCAGGAGAAUCAACAGGCUGGUGAGCAACUGGAAGAAGUGGUAAGACAAGGCGAGGCACUUCUUCAGCGAAUCCAGGCAGCUCUACAGGAUAUUGCACAAAGUCAAUUAGAUAUGCAAAAUCCUACAUUGACAACUGUAAUUAAUAUGAAUCUUAACAGUUCUAAUAUAAAACAAGAGAGCCUUAGUUCUAUAAACACCGUGCCUUCAAAUAACACACAUCAGCUAUCAGAUCCUUCACCUAAUUCGAUAAAUCAAUGACAUAUUUUUGAUUUAUUGUAAUUAUUUGAUUUUGACUUGCAAACCAUUUUUACAGUUUGUAAAAUUAAAUCAAUAUAUCAAUUUCAUGU